AUGGGGCGCAAGCCGACUGAAUUCAACGCGUUUGACGUCGAGUUGCCGAAGGAGCCAUUCGACCCCAAGCCGUACAGGUUGCACGUUCGCAAGUAUCCUGGCAUUGCCAGUGGCUUGGGGGCCGAGUAUUUCUACCGUGAGGAUCAGCGCAGCCCGCUGACGUAUUACCACCUUCGUUGCCCCGCAGCCGGCGACACCGUGUUGGUGGGUGCCACCGAUGCCCGGGCCAUCCAGGCCAGGACGAUUGACAAUUACGUGAAGGAGAGAACACGUGGCUUUGCCGUGCAGCUGAUUCUCGAGGGUCGAGGAGUCAAGGCUUAUUUCGAGCCGAAGUAUCCCUUCCUGAAGGUUCGACUGGGCGUAGGUGCGAAAGUGCGGGACCUGACAGAGUACGUCACACGGGAUCCAGACAUCACGGUGAGCGUCAGCAAAGCUGGUGACCUUGUGGUUGUCCACGGCCCAAACAAGGAGCGGGUUGGAACCUUGGCAUUUCGCCUCUACAAGAAGAUGACACCGAUACUGAUGCCGUAUACUGGCAAAGGUGCCCACUUCGCCUUCCAUCCGGUGAAGAGAAAGCCGAUGCGGAAGAAGUAG